AUGGAUCCGAUGUCAGCUCUCUCCGUCGCCACUGCGGUUAUUGCCCUGGUCGACUUCGGCGCGAAACUCGUAGCACGGACUUUCGAGAUUCGCGACCUAGGCGGGUCGCGGGUGCUUAUCCAGGUCAACGAGGCAGCUACCGAGUUGGCUUCUGUCACGUCGGACGCAACGGACAAGAUUAAGGGCCUGUGUUCGGCGCACCCCAGUUACUCUGACUCUUUGGAACGUCUGCAAAACAAUUGUUUAGACAUUGAAACGCAACUACAGCGGGCGCUGGCAAAGAUCAAGACUGAGUCGAGAGGGCACCGAGUCAUCGUCGCGUUUAAAAGCAUAUGGUCGGAGAAAGAGAUCAAAGAAUUGGAGAGCAAACUGAAUAAGAUCCGGGAUCGUGUCACCAUGACCGUACUGAUGUGUAUUUGGGAUGAUGCCAAAAAGACGCGCGAACAAAAUGAAGGAAUAACCAGUCACGUUGGGCAACUUCUGGGAGUUGUCCAGAAUAUUGAACAGACGAUGCUUGCCCUGAGAGACGAUUUUGCGAAGAUCUCAGCAGGCGAGCAGACAGACUCCGCAACCCAAGGAAGGAUUGCCAAAGCGCUCUGGGCCUCGACUGGAAUGCUAGAUGUGAAUGGCGAUACUCAAAUACCCCCAAGUGGCAGUAAUACGGAUAACAAACCCACAGAUGGACGGCUGGUUGAAAGGCUUCUGGAAAGUCUGCGAUUCGAGGAAAUGACGGACCGGGACGAUAGAAUCAAGUCCGCAUAUCCCGACACCUUCCAGUGGAUGUUCGCGACUCAGAAAUCCGUCAGCGGAGCAGAGAAUGAUGAAUAUGCAGGGAUUAAUUUUAUCAAGUGGCUGAGAUCGCACGAGCAGAGCAUAUUCUGGAUCACCGGCAAGCCAGCAUCUGGUAAAAGCACAUUAAUGAAGUAUAUCUCGACCCAUGCAGAACUGCAGGAGCAUAUUAACGCUUGGGCCUACCCAUGUCCCGUGCUCCUUGCAAUAUUCUAUUUCUGGGGCCCCGGAUCCAAGUUGCAAAAGUCUCGCGAGGGCCUUCUACGGUCGCUUUUGUUCCAGCUACUGGGCCAGCGCCGUGACCUUUGUGCUCGUGUGGCGCCCGCGAGGUGGGUCUAUCUCAAUAUUGCAGCAGUCGGCUCAGAUUCGUCCUCCUGGUCGCCUUCCUGGGAGUGGACGGAGCUUAAAGAGUGUCUGUAUCGAAUCACGUCGGAGCUUGCGGGCACAACCCGCCUCGCUCUUUUCGUUGAUGGGCUAGACGAAUAUGAAGGGCAGCAUGGGGAGGUCGUCAAAUUCCUUCAAGAUCUACACAAGGACUUUGGGGUAAAACUAUGCGUCUCCAGCCGACCUUGGAAUAUCUUUUCCGACGAGUUCCACGACAGCCCGUCACUGGUGAUGGAGACCCUCACACGACCAGAUAUUGAUACGUAUAUAGAUUGUCGUCUCGGUAAGUACCGGGCGUUCCAACAGCUCGAGCGACUGGACCCGGAAAGUGGGAAAGAGUUAAAGGUUCAGAUUCGAGAUCGAGCAAGCGGCGUUUUCCUCUGGGUCGCCCUUGUCGUGGAGCAACUACUUCAGCUACUCCGAGAUAGCCUACGUCUUGCAGAUAUCUGGAAGGUCUUUGACGCGUUACCAGCAGAUUUGGAGAAGCUGUACGAAACCAUCCAAGACUCUAUUGGGCCAGCCAGGCAAGCGAAUGCAUCGAUGCUGUACCAAUUCGUCAUGGCAUGGAAACGUACAUGGGCGAGCCGUAUCGAUGCCACUUUUCUCUGGCUUGCGAUAGCAUCUACAGACCCAGAAAACCCAGUCGAGUACCCUUCCCGCCCGGCCGAAAUCUUCCCCGUCAUGAAACGCUUCCUCGAGGGACAUACCAAGGGGAUCUUGCAGAUCUCCCAUUUCUCUAAGAUCAAUACGAAACCCCCGACUGUCGACUUCUUGCACCGAACCGCCUUCGACUGGCUGCGAAUACAAGCCAACCAGUCCAAGAUUCAUGCACAGGCACCGGAGAAGUUUGAUCCUCUGCUCACCCUCGUCGGGGUGCUAGUAGGGGAGGUCCGUACCAAAGGCCCAGCAUGGAAAGACAAUGCUGGGCAAAAGGGUCUCCGCCUACAGUGUAUCUUCCGGAUCCUCAAGCUCUCUGCCGAAAUCCAGGACUCCCCUUAUAAUCGGGACAAGCUCCUAUCUAUUGUAGGCCAGAUGGAGACAGAAAAACUUCUACCUAUCAGCCUUGGUGACGUAUUUGCCAGUACCAGAGUCCCAAAUUCGAGGACCAUGUCCUCUGAGAGCCGAAUAGCGAUCCUAGCUGCCACGUGGCCGUGCCCUACGCUCUUGAAGGCCAAGUGCGCCGCAAACCCUGCCCUAUUAAAGCCCAGCGGAGGUGUAGGAGUCUGGAAGCACUUUUCCAAAAAUCCAAUCUACGUGUCUCCUCUUGAAGCCUCGGUCCUCGGUAUUGUUGAUAACACAAUUGUCCCGAAAUGGUUCGAGCUUGAUCGUGGGUUCACUCAGUGGCAAAUCUCCCAACGCUUGCAUACUAUCAAGUUCCUCUUGGAAAGCAAUGCCAAGCCGACCAAAGCACUUAAGGACGUGGUCAAGGGGCUUGUACCAAUCGAUCCAUUACAUGUAAAAAGUGAUGAGAACAAGUACUGGUGGGUCGUUGACAAAAUGCUGAACUCUCGUUCGGGCCUGGCGGGGUUCGAUGGCAUGAAGACCAACCUAUUUCCGGACAUACACAAAUCUCGCCUGCAGAGCGAGUUCCCAGAGUGUAAGAUCGAGUGA